AUGUCGGACGGCAAUUUCCAGGAACUCGAAAAUUUCAAGAAUGCGGCGCGCCGGUUGCGCAAGUCGCAUGCCAAAGGUGAUCCGGAAGCGAUUGCGCGUGUUGUGAAACACGUGAGCGUUGAGAAGAAGCUCAGGCAUGCUGACUUUCUCCACGUAAUCGCGCGAGAAGGAGGCCAUGAAAGCUGGCCAAAACUGAAAUUUGCGAUCGAAAGCGGAGCCAUGAGCCGGGCACAGCGUGCCGAACGGCUCAAGGUGGCACUAUAUUUCGGCCAGCAUUGGGUAACGGAGAAACUGCUUCAGGGCGAUCCGGACCUCAAGAAUGACAAUCUGGGCCUCCAGAUUGCACUUUACGAUCUUGAAGCCGUCCGCGCAGCAAUCGAGACAGAUGCUUCGGCGGCGACCCGCGUUGUUGGCAUCCGGUCUCCAAUUCUUCACCUGGCCUAUUCAAAAGACAUUCAUCGCAGGCCUGAAAAAUCAACAGACAUGAUCGCGGUAGCCGAUUUGUUGAUCAGCCACGGAGCCGAUGUGGACGAAGGUUAUUCUCCGGAGCCAGAGGGUGACUACAAACUGUCUGCGCUUUACGGAGCACUCUGCCACGCGGACAAUUUUGCUCUCGGCAGAUGGUUGCUGGAACAAGGUGCCAAUCCGAACGACGACGAAAGCCUUUAUCACAGCACCGAACUUGGACAUACCAAAGCGCUUGAAUUGCUCCUGAGGCACGGGGCCAAGCCUGAUGGUACCAACGCGUUGCCACGCGCACUCGAUUUCGACAACGCGGAGAUGGUCCGUCUGUUGCUGGAAGCGGGAGCCGACCCAAAUCUGACCGUGCCUGACCACCCGAGCGGGCAACCGAUGAACACGAUUCCAUCGCUCCAUCAGGCAGCGCGACGGGGGUGCUCGGUGAAAAUCGUCGAGUUGUUGCUGAAAUUUGGCGCCGACCCGGUUGCCCGCUGGGACGGUCACACCCCUUACGCCAUGGCGAUGAUCUACGGAAACAGACCGGUUGCCGCAUUUCUGGACCAGAAGGGAUAUGCCGAACCGCUUGACCGGAACGAGUUGGUUCUCGCCGCGUGCGCUGACAACGGUCCUGCGCCGGGUCCUCUGGAUGUCACGCAUCUGAGCGACGAGGACAAGGGACUUUUGACGCGACUUGCCUUCAUUCCCGGUAAUCUCGGUCACAUGCAACGGCUGGUGUCAGCCGGACUGGACCCGGAUGUGACGGACAGCAUGGGCUUGCCACCCUUGCAUGUGGCCGGUUGGAACGGGCUCCGCGAAGAAAUGGCUUACUUUCUGUCACUCGGCCCGGACCUGACCCGCAAGAAUGACUACGGCGGGGAUGCACUCGAUACUGUCAUUCACGGUUCGGAAUUUGCCCCCAAAAGACCGGAAGCGGAUCACUUGGCGUGCGCUCGACUGCUCCUGGAAGCAGGCAGUGUUCUUUAUCCGAACUUCAUUGCAGGGUGUGGCAACGAGGAUAUGGUGCAGUUUCUCGAAGACUGGCGGGACGCUAGCCGCUAG